AUGUGAACCACCAAAAACUUGGAUCGAUCGAUCGAUAUAUAUCCUUUUGUUUAUGUAGUGUUCAAAGUUUUGUUUUUAUAUAUCGAUUGAAAAUUCUCUAUAUAGCUAAUUACCAUUAUAUAUUAUUAUUGAUCAUUAAUUAGUAUAAAUAUAAAUAUAUAUGGCUAGAGAUAGCAGGGACUCUCUUGUGGUUGGUAGGGUUAUAGGAGAUGUUUUAGAGCCUUUUACAAGGUCUGUCCCUAUGAGAGUGUUUUAUGGUAAUAAGGAGGUCAACAAUGGUUAUGAGUUUAAGCCUUCUCAAAUUCUCAACCAACCUCGUGUUGAUAUUGGUGGUCAAGACUUAAGGACCUUCUACACUUUGGUUAUGGUGGAUCCAGAUGCUCCUAGCCCAAGUGACCCUAAUCUAAGAGAGUACUUGCAUUGGUUGGUGAUCGAUAUUCCUGGAACUACCGGGCCAAACUUCGGACAAGAGGUGGUGUGCUACGAGAGCCCACGGCCGACGGUGGGGAUUCACAGGUACGUGUUUGUGUUGUUCCGGCAAAUGGGAAGGCAGACGGUGUACGCGCCAGGGUGGCGUCAGAACUUCAACACCAAAGACUUUGCCGAGCUUUACAACCUUGGCUUGCCUGUUGCUGCCCUCUAUUACAAUUGCCAGAGGGAGUCUGGCUCUGGUGGCAGGAGGCCCUCCAGAUAAUAAAUUUCAUUAACUACUUAUAUUUGAUCAAUAUCUAUAAAUGUGUGUGUUUACAUAUAAGUUGUCAAUGAUUAUUGAUCGUUGAUCACUCUUAAUGAUCGAUCAAGAUCACUUAGCUAGCUAGCUAACUACCUCGUUAAUUAAUUAAUUAAGAAUAAGCUAGCUAGCUAGCUUCGUAUAUUUAUAUAUAUUGACAAUAAGCUAGCCAUUCCAAGUGUAAUUAAGAGUGUACACUUGUUUCAACUUAUUAACUCUCUCUAUGUAUUUUAUACAUAUGCUAUCCUAUAUAUCUUAUUUCAAUAAUUAUUA